AUGCGACAGAGCCGGGUUGCUUCGUUAGCGGAGCAUGCGGAGAUAGACACACUUUUCACGGCAUUGGAGGAGACCAGACCUAAAAGCAACAGAACAGUAUUCUCUAGCAUUGUGUCCAAGUCCAUGUUACGAUGUAGCUCACAUUCUGUUCGUCUUAUCAGCCUAGGUUGUAGUGGGCUUGUGUUGUUGUGCUUGCGGAUAGCUCCUACCUACUCGAACUGCUCGCACCGACGAAGGUUGUCCUGGUUCCCUUCUGUGACAUCGACCGAGGAUGCAACCACUGGGGAGCUUGAAUACUUAAAGGUGGCACUAAUCCACUCAAUUCAACCCCAGUGGAAGGAGUCCGGGUAG